UAAAAAUGGAUUCUGAGAAACCAGAACAAGCAGCACCAAAGCUUGUAAAGGACGAAGUUACCGGAGAAAUGGUCUCCAAGAGUGAACUUAAGAAAAGAAACAAGGUCAGGAAAGCAGAAGCCAAGAAAGCAGAGAAGGCCGCCAAAAAGAAGAAGGCUGAAGAAGAAAAAGCCGCAAAGGCAGCUGAAGAAGGAGGUGACGCAGCCCCUGUUAUUGGUGGAGAUGAGACUUUAGACCCUAGUAAAUACACUCAGAACAGGAGAGACUGGCUUAACUCAAGGAGAGAUGAGGGUGAGAAUCCUUACCCACAUAAGUUCCAGAGAACUCAUAGAAUUGAUCAGUUCAUUGAAGAGUUUAAAGAAUGCACUGAAGAAGGCAAGUUUAUUGACGAUAAGCAGGUUUGUGUCACUGGAAGAGUUGUCACUAUCAGAGGAUCCGGAAAGCAUCUAGUUUUCUACGACAUCACUGGAGACUCAGAGAAGAUCCAAAUUAUGGCAAACAGAAAGUUCUUUGAGAGUAGCGAAGCUUUUACUGCCAUCCAUUCCACAAUCAGAAGAGGAGAUAUUGUAGGAAUCACUGGAGUUCCUGGAAGAACUAAGACUGGAGAAUUAACCGUCAGACCAGUCAGUGUUGUAAGAUUAUCUUACUGUCUACACAUUCUUCCAGAUCCAACAGAUCCAAAUUCUAAGAUGAACAAGGAUACUAGAUAUAGACAGAGGUACUUAGAUUUAAUCAUGAAUGAUCCAGUCAAGAAGACAUUUGUUGCUAGGUCUAAGAUCAUCAACUAUAUCAGAAACUUCUUGACCCAAAGAGACUUCGUUGAAGUUGAAACUCCAAUGAUGAGCUUGAAUGUAGGCGGUGCUACUGCCAAACCAUUUAUUACCCACCAUAAUGAAAUGAAAAAGGACUUCUUCAUGAGAGUUGCACCAGAACUUUACUUAAAGAUGCUUAUUGUUGGAGGACUUGACAGAGUCUUUGAGAUCGGGAAGCAGUUCAGAAACGAAGGUAUUGAUGCUACUCAUAACCCAGAAUUCACUACUAUUGAGUUCUAUGAAGCCUAUGCUGAUUACAAUGACUUGAUGGAGACUACUGAGCAUAUGCUGUCUUCUAUGGUCAAGGAUAUCACUGGAAGUUACUUGCUUGAGUACCACAAGAAGGGAAAAGAAGAACCAGACAGCAAGAUCACCAUUGAUUUCACACCUCCAUUCAGGAGAAUUCCGAUGAUCAAGGGAUUAGAAGAGAGAUUGGGUGUUGAAUUUCCAAAAGAUCUCAAUUCUCCAGAGACUAAUGAGUGGCUGAAGAAACUGUGAAUUGAAAAAGGUGUAAUUUGUAAAGCACCUCUCACCACUGCCAGAUUGAUUGAUAAGCUUGUUGGGGACUUCAUCGAAGUUGAAUGUGACAAUCCUGCCUUUAUUAUCGACCACCCACAAAUUAUGAGUCCUCUUGCCAAGUACCACAGAUCUGAACCAGGUCUCACUGAAAGAUUUGAACUUUUUGUAAACCAGCACGAGCUUCUCAAUGCUUACACUGAGUUGAACGACCCAAAAGUUCAGUUAGAAGCCUUCCAAGACCAAGCUGCUCAGAAAGCUGCAGGAGACGAUGAGGCUCAAUGUGUUGAUGAAGACUUCGUCAAGGCCUUGGAGUACGCCUUGCCACCAACCGGUGGAUGGGGAAUGGGUAUUGACAGACUUACCAUGCUCUUAACUGACAACUGCACCAUUAAGGAAGUCUUGCUUUUCCCAGCCAUGAAGCCAGAUGUUGAUACUACUCAAGAAGAAGCAAAAGAAUAAUUACUUCCAAUAUUAUCAGA